GCGUUCCGAGAAAAGCUCGUUCGUCUACCCGUGCUUCUGACAUGGACGAGCGGCGUAAAAUAGUCGUCUGUGAUAACGGCAGCGCGUCCAUCAAGUGCGGGUUCGCAGCGACAAUUUUCCCCGUCGCCGUCAUUCCCAAUGUCGUCGGGCGACGCCUCGUCCGCCUUGACGAAACCUCCCAAGGCGAAGCACCCCCUGGGGGGCCGCAGGGUGGAGCUGAGCUACCCCAUUCACAACGGCGUGGUGCAGCGGUGGGACGACAUGGGACACGUGUGGGACUACACGUCAACACCGCUCUUGGCAUCGACCCCAAGGAGAGCAAGAUCCUGCUCACGGACCCGCCACUGAAUCCAAACCAAGAAUCGGCAACGCAUGCUGCAGAUGAUGUUUGAGAAGUACAACUUCGACAGCCUCUUCAUUCAGCUGCAGGCCGUGCUGGCCGCUAUACGCGCAAGUGCUGCGGCUGUAUGCUCAAGUA